AUGUCGCAAAAUUCAGCCGAGUCCUCGCGUAAAGGCGCUGUUGGCGCCAUCCAGUCCAAGGCGCAGGAGGUUCUACAAGAAGAUUUUGACAAGGCCAAGGUCCUCGUCGCCGAUGCCGCGAAAAGCCAGGCGUAUCUGUAUCCCAUCAAGGGAUUCUUCUAUUUCGUCACCCGCCCCUCCAUCUGGAAGCCUUUCGCCGUCCAGCUCGGGCCGUAUAUGCUACUCUCUGUUAGCGUGGUCUCUGCCAUGUUCUUCUUCACCUACCUUCCUCAGCUUGCCAUUCUCGUCUUCGUCAACGGCCCUCUAGCGGUCUUCACCACCGUCAUCCUCAUUCUCAACGAGAGCGCUACCAUCACCAACCUGAUAGCGCGAAACUGGUUCCUCCAUGACGCCCUUAUCGACACAUUUGACGGCACUCUCGUUGCUAAGAAUGCCACUGGAAUCGUCCAGGAGGGUCGGGAGCUGAAGCCCGGUUCAACUGCCAUGGAAAGGCUCGGAAGGAUCGUCAAGACUCCGCUUGAACGCUUCAGCCUUAAAUCCCUUGUUCGAUACCUCAUGUAUCUGCCCCUCAACUUUAUCCCCAUCGUCGGAACCGUUGCUUUCCUCGUCAUCCAGGGCCGCGCCCGGGGCAAGGCCAUUCACUCUCGGUACUUCCAGCUGAAGAAGUGGUCUGACUCCCGUCAGUCGGAUUGGCUCCGUAUCCACGUUGCGCCGUAUACUGCCUUCGGCCUCGUUGCUACACUCCUCGAGAUGAUCCCCUUCCUGUCCAUUCUGUUCGCCUUCACUAAUACCACUGGUGCUGCCUUGUGGGCUGCCGAUAUCGAAGCAGACCAUUCGUCCAUGUCCGUUGACGACCUCCGCUCCACUGCCAACGGUAAUGGCGCGACCAGCUCUACCAAGAAGUCAAACUAA